AUGGACCCAGCAGAAGAGCAGCAACAGGAGCUAGAGGUUCUCCAAUCGAUCUACCCAGAUGAGCUUGAAAUCCUCUCUGACACAGCUUUCACAAUCACAUUGAGGUUGGAGACAAAGUCGGAUAGAGGUCACUCUGUGGUGUUAGAUGUCAAGUACACUCCAACCUACCCAGAAGAAGUACCAAAGUUGAAUGUAACUGUGGACAGUGAAGAGCUUCCUGUGCCUUCUGAUGAUGAGGAUGAUGAUGCUGACAAGUCCAAGUUGGUUCAUCUUUCAGAGCAAAUUGAGUUAGGCAAGUUAGAUGCGACAUCGCUCACGAAAAGAUUAGAAGAAGAGGCAGAGCUUAAUAUUGGUAUUCCUUCGGUUUUUGCAUUGGCAGCUUUGCUUAAAGAUGAGGCCGAGGCAUUGUUCCAGGCCAAGCUAGAUGCUGCUCAGAAGAAGUAUGAGGAUGAGCUACUAGCAAAAGAAGCCGAGGAACAGAAGAAGUUCUUCGGAACGCCCGUCAAUAAAGACACAUACUCAGACUGGCGUGCCAAGUUUAGAAAAGAGAUGAGGAUCGAGGAGUUGGAUAGACUGAGAUUUGAAAAGAUGCAUAACGGCAAGAUGACCGGAAGAGAAAUCUUCGAGAAGGGCUUGGCUGGUAAUGAAGAGGAUGAAUUUGACGAUGUGGCUGAAUCCAUGCAAAAGGUUACAGUGAACUAG